AUGGGUUACUUUGACUAUCGCCUCAGUAUUGAUCAUAGAAUGAUCGACAGAAUUGGUGAUGCUCCCCUGCUCUCCUUAGAAGGAUCACAUGAUUCUUUCAGCUACUGGGUUGAUGAGAAAUCUCCUGUGGGACCAGAUCAAGCAACAGUCAUCAAACGUUUGGCCAGAAUUUCCUUGGUGAGAAAGAUCAUGAAGAAAUGGUCAGUGACUCAAAAUUUGACUUUCAAAGAGCAGUUGGAAGGUGGGAUCCGCUACUUUGAUCUUCGUGUAUCUUCCAAACCUGGGGAAGUGGGAAAAGAGACUUACUUCAUACAUGGCUUGUUUGGCAUCAAAGUAUGGGAUGGGCUGAAGGAGAUGAACAGUUUUCUUGAGCAGCACCCUAAGGAAGUAAUCUUCUUGGAUUUCAAUCAUUUCUAUGCCAUGGAUGACAGCCAUCACCACUUCUUGAUCAACAGGAUCCGCUCAGCGUUUGAAUCCAAACUUUGUUGUGUUCAAUGUGUAGAAUAUGUGACAUUACUGUACAUGUGGGAGAAGAAACACCAGGUUCUCAUAUUUUACCACCACCCUUUGUAUCAGGAAUAUCCCUUCCUGUGGCCAGGUAAUAAAAUGCCAGCCCCAUGGGCUAAUACAACAAAUGUGCACAAACUGCUGCAGUUCCUGGAGACCACACUUGGGGAACGAAGUCGUUAUGGCACUUUCCACGUAUCUCAAGCAAUUCUCACACCUCGAGUGAAGACGAUCGCACGGCAUCUAAUCCGUGGUCUGAAGAACACUCUUGUUCAUAGGAACCUGCCGAUGAUUUUGAAUUGGGUGAAAGCACAGAAACCUGGUGUUAUGGGUGUUAACAUAAUUACAUCAGACUUCGUGGAGCUGGUUGACUUUGCUGCUACAGUUAUUGCACUGAACGACCUCCUUUUGGAAGAGGACUGAUCUGCAACUUAAAUCCUGAUUGCUGUGUCCCACUUGUGCUCCUUAGUGGACACCUUUGAACUAUGCUAAAUGUUUUACUUGUCAAGUGAAACCUAUUGUACUCUCUCUUUAUGAAAAAGAGUUUCCUAGAGGGAACGUGGUUAAACAUCCGUGCAGCCAGGUCCCUUCUCCUGGAGUCAUGAGGACCUGAGUGAGCCCAGUGCUGCUGGUCUGUCUGUCUGUCUGUGCUCUGUUUGUCUGAGCUGUGCACACAUCUGCUGCCGACAGGGGCUGGCCUCUGGAGCAGAUGGACCCCUUUGCAGUGCACAUUUCCCUGGUGACCACCUCCCAGCGCCCCUGUGUGUGCAUCCUGCUGCCUUCCCGUGGCCAGGAUGGCUGCUGAUCCCAUGGCAGAGUGACCAGGCUGGCUGGGGUGGCAUGGUUCUUGGGCCACCUCUGCCAUAGCUGGGCUCAGCUGGAGGCUGCUGCUCUGUUCAUUAUGCUGUUUUAGACACUACCUCUGACUUACUUGAAGAGACAAUACUGCUGUUGUUCGGGGGAAGCUGUUAACACUGUGUUAAAUAUCCAAAUUGUCCUGUGGGUCUGAGAGGUGAAGGCUUGCCACAACCUUUCUUCUGGGCCUCUUUGUUUUACUUUAUUACUUCAAUAAAUUAAUUGCAACGGUGUUUAAAUGUAUUUCUUCUGGCAUUAAUUUGGAGACUAUUUCAGUCUUCAAAUUUUGAGGAUUAUAACUCAAGUUGGAAUUCCUGUUUCCUGUGGUAGAUGGGAAACAUUCAUUUUGCUGAAUUUCUGGACAUUUAGGAAACUACAGCAUAACCUUUCUCUUUUACCAGUCGGUCACUUGGGGGUUUUUUAAUCCAAUUUUCUUUGGGGAAAGUCUCUUACCCAGGCAGCCCUUCUCUGGAAGGAGGUGAGCCAAGUGGGGGCUUGCUUGACACUCAGAGAUCUGGAGCUGACAGGGACUGCUCCAAGCCCAGAUAUGGGAUCACUGUGAUUUGUGAUGGAACAGUGAAUUCUGCAGUCAGACCUGAAAGCUGUGCUUGUAGACAGAGAGCCACACCUGUUAAGGGGGAAAUUUCUCCAGCCUUCACCUGCUUGUGACAGAGUAAGCAAUAAUCCCACAAGCACAGGCAGGUGUUAAGUACUGUUUCUUUCUUUAAUCAUACUAGUAUUUGUGCUGGUUCACAGUGAAAUGUGACCAUACAUAUUGGAGUCAAUGCAAUUAUAUGUUGGUACUUAUCAGCACUUAUUUUGCUAGCUGAUACUAUCCUAUGGUCUGACUUAUCUUAAUUGGUUUUUUAAAAAAAAAAGCACAAAAGGGACUGAUUAGCAGAUACUUCCCUGUUCAAUUACCUUCCUGAAGCAA